AUGGAAAUGAUCUCGUGCUUUCAGAACCCCAUGCAGACGUCUCUGACAACGAUGGUUCCCACUAUAACUGCCAUCGUGAUAUGGUCCGUUCUUCAAUUGAAGCUGCUAGUCGACGAAGUCCGGGAUGCAAUUCGCACUGUCCGCUCUUCCAAGCUGGGAAUUUGGCAGGGGCUGCUUCGUGAUUAUUUCACCUUUUGGAAUGCCGUGGAUUGGGUCUCUAUGUGCGUGGCAGUGAUGGCCGUGUUCUUCUGGCUGAACCUUCGAACAAAGGUUGAGACGGUGAAUGGACUAUUGCCGGCAGCCGUUAGAGGCACACUAUACCCCACAGGCACCACCGUGCAAGAGCGGCGCCUCCAGUACCAGCCCACGGCAGAUGCUUGGUUCGCCGCUGCAGAGCAGAUGAGCUUGGCCAAUUCGGCGUGCACAGUGACCAUCAUCCUCUACCCCUUGGUCAUCAUGCUGCGAUUAUUCAAGUCAUUUCAAGCUCAGCCACGCCUUGCGAUCGUAACAGAGACCAUCAAAACGGCCAUCCCAGAUUUGGCCCAUUUCUUCAUUGUCGUCCUUUGCAUCUUUGGAUGCUUGUUUGUGAACAGCAUUGUCUUCUUCGGCCAGGACCUGGAAUCUUUCAGAGCCUUGACGCAUGGUUGGGUCACUGGGACUGGCAUUCAUGGAAGGCCUGACAGCACUUGGAUGUUGAUGGUUGUGUCUCUGGUGUCUCUGAACAUGCUGCUAGCCAUUGUCCUCGAUUCCUACGCCUACGAGAAGGAGAAGGCCUCAGAGCUGAAAACCCUUCUACAGCAGCUGUGGGAAGUCGUGCGGCGUCGUCAAGAGCGGCGGCAUGGCUUACGGGUGAACCUGCAGGAGAUAUGGGAUGCCUUCCUGGUGGAGUUCAACUAUGACGUGAAGGCGAUGAUGGUGAACCGCACGUUGAUCACGCCGGACUCCCUCAUGAAGCUUGCCAGGUGUAGCAUGGAGUACUUCAAGAAAUCCCGUACUUUAGCCCUAGGUUCAGGGCUCCGACUCUCCGAGUUCGCGUUUGGCUCUGGCAAGCGUUGCAUCCGGACAGGCCCUGCGGAGCGGUUGGAGAUUGGACACCUCACAGACGAGGCGCCGGAAGAUACGGUAGAGCUUGUGGCUGAGAAGCUGGAUUAUUUCGAAAGGCUCCAGGCGCCUGGUGAUGCAACAUACGAUUUCUACUUCAGCGAGGAGCACACCUCACAGGACAAGGCCUCCAAGGCCUGGAUUUCGAAGAUGGUGUCUGAGCUCUCCGGCGACCUGAAGCAAACCUUCCACCAUGGCCUGCGCCGAUACCACGUGUGGCAGGACCACAUUGAGAAAGAGCAGACAGAACUUCAUGCCUCGAUCACAGACAUGCAAAAUCUGGUCCAACAGCAUGCUGGAAUGAUUCAGGGCAUGAUCUACGCAGUUGAUAGUCUGCUAGAGCCCAGCCACCACCAAGUGGCCUCUGGCGCUGCUGGUCCUUCUACGGCUGCUGGUGCCCCUAGCUGA